AUGGCGGCGCCGGCGCCGGUCCGCCCCCCCGGCCCGUCCGCGUACGUCUCCGCGCGCCUCGGCGGCGUCCCCGCGCCGGAGGAGCUCGAGCGCGAGCUCGUGGACCUGACCGCGUCGGACGCGCACAAGACGCACAAGCACGCGACGAAGGAUCUCCUCGCGCGAACGCUCCCUCGCGUCGCGUCGCACGGCGCGACGUCCACGUCCGCGAUCCCGACGCUCCUGUCGCUCCUGUCGCCCGACGGCGCCGUCUCCGAGCGGUACGCGAUACGAUACGCGUACUAUCUCGUCCAGCGCGCGUGCGAGCACUACGGACGCGCGCUGCCGGACGCCGACGCGGACGCGAUCGUGACCGCGCUCGCGAAGGACGCGAGCGAGCGCAAGGGCGCGAGGCAGAUACUCGCCACGAGAGCGCUCUCGUCCGCGGCGCGCGCGGGCGUCCGCGGCGCGAGUGACGCGGUCGAUUCCGCGUGCGCCGCCGCGAUCGAGCGGUUCGCGGUGGGCAAGGAUCCGAAGGGCGGGAGCAAGAAAAAGAUCAUUUUCAAAGGCGGCGCCGUCAACGCCGGCGCCAGAGCCGCGUUGGGCGCGAAACGCCGAAUCUUGCUGCGUUACUCCGCGUCGCAACCGAUCGAUCUGAACGCGCUGCCCACCCCGGUCGCGCUCGCGACCGCGGUGACGAUCGGCGACCCGAUCGCGGCGAGGCACGCGUUGUCGACGGCGUCCGCCGUCGCGUCGGCGGCGGAGCCCGCCGCCGCGCACGCAAACCUCGCGCGCGCGCUGCUCCCCGCGCUGAACGCCACCGUCGCGGACGUCGAGCACUGGAAACAGGCCGCGACGGAGUAUAAGAACGCGGUGGACGCGGAUGAUAAGAACGCGGCCGCGAAGGCGAAGCGGGCGUUGGGGAAAGAGAGGAGCGGCGCGGCCGUCUACGCGGAGACGCCGGCGACGGCGGCGGCGCUCGCGAGGCUGUGCGGGACCCUGCGCGCGAGGGCGCUCGCGGAGAGGAACGGGAACGGGAACGACCCGGACGCGCCGCCGGACGCGUGCUCGAGGGCGUGCGAGAUCAUCCUGGCCGCGAUCAUGAAGCACGACGGGUUAGGCGGCGGCGGCGGCGGCGGCGGCGAGAGCGGCGGCGGCGGCGGCGGCGACGCGAAAUCUCCGUCGCCGAUGAAGUCGCCGUCGAAGGCGUCGUCGUCGUCCGGCGGCGGCGGCUCGUCUGAUCGACCGAUCCCUCCGCGCGCCGCGCUCGCCGCGGUCGAGGGACUGUGCGCGUCGAACGCGCCGAGGGGCACGGACGCGGGCGCGGCCGCGAGGGCCGCGGCGUGGACCGCGAUGUGCCGGGGCGGCGGGGGCUCCGCGGCGGGCGGCGACCCCCCCGCGCUCGCCGCGGCGGUGAAACGAGUGCGGGACGUCCUCAACCAGCCGAGGUACGGCGGCGCGACGAUCGCGACCGCGUGCCGCGCCGCCGCGGCGAUCGGCGAGGCGCGCGCGUGCGCGCGAGCCGCCGGGCACGCGAGCGCGACGGGCGUCGUCGGCGAGAAGACGCAGCUGUCGUCGCUCGCGAUUUCGCUCGAGCACGUCGCCGCGGCGUUGUCCGUCGGCGGCGGCGUCCGAACGGAAGCCCUCCGAGCGUUACUCUGGCUGCAAACCCCCACCUUCUUAGUCGACGUCCACGAGCGCGUCGUCCGCAAGAAUCUCAGCAGCGGCGGCGGGUUAUGGGCGACGACGGACGCGUACUUCGACGCGCCGCCGGCGACGCCGGAGACGGACGGCGGCGGCUGCGUCGGCGGCGCGUGGCGCGGCGCCGAGCCGCAGCGUCGUCUCCUCCGCGCGAUCGCGGACCGCGCGGCGACGACGCUGUGCUGCGUGGACGAGAGCGAGGCCGUCGCGUGGGCGAGGAUGACGAUGGACGGCGCGCGCGCGGUCGUCGCCGUCGGCCCGAAGACCGCGCCCGCGAGCGCGGCGCUGGACGUGUUGAAGGCGCGUUCUAUACACUGGUUCCCAUACGACCGCGUUGGCGGGUGUUACGCCGCGUUGCGCGCGGCGCAAAAGGCGGGCGCGAGCUCCGAGCGCUCCGUCGGCGUCGCCGCGGCGGGUCCCCCCGCGUUGCACUCCGAGCUCGACGCCGCGGUCGUCGCGCUGGACCACGUCUAUCGCGCGCAGACGCGCUUCCGCGACAUGUGCCGCGACCACGGCGAGGACCCGGCGGGUUGGGGGAACGGGAAUCUCGCGGAGGUGGCGGGGAGACACGACGCGCUCAUCGAGCUCGCGGCGUCGGCGUGUUUCGUGCCUCGGUCGACGUGGUGGCCGAUCGGCGCGGCGUCGGAGCCGUUCGUUCGCGAGUUUCGCGACGCGCGGAGCGGCGACGUGAGGAUGGCCGCCGCGACCGCCGCGGAGUUGAUGGGGAGCGAGGCCGCGCAGGUCGCGAAGGCGCGGCGCGCGAGCGGCGGCGACGACGGCGACGGCGACGGCGGCGGCGGAGGCGGCGACUGGACGCCCGUCGCGGGCGCCAUCGCGGAAGGCGACGACGUCGCGAGCCUCAUCUAG